GGAAGUCCACGCCAUGAUGCACGCCAUAGAGCAACAACGGGGACCGUCCAGUGGUUUGCUUUACCUCGCCGACGACGCGCGUCGCGACGUCGCCGUCGUCCUCUUUCUUUCUUUUUUUUUCUUUCUUUCUUUCUUUUUCUCUCCACAUCGUCUUGUCGCCCGCGCACGCAAUCCUGCCGAGAGAGUUCAUUCGUCCUUUCGGUUCUUGGCCAGUCCUCGAAGCUAGGAUCUUCGAUGAGGUCGCCGAGAUCAUCCGAACUUGUGUGUCGAGAGAUUUGGGAAGUUUACAUUUUUCAUCAUCGAUAAAUUUUUAGAACAUUAGACUUUCGAUAAAUUGUUCUUUUCGAAUUCUCGAGUGAUCAGUUGAAAAAUGUUUUAUAGCGUGUUUCUCGGUGUUUGCAGUGAGGAUCUACUUGGACAUAGUCGACAUGAGAAGUCACGCCAAUUCCUUUGAAUUGGCGGAUCAAAGGAAUGAAGUAUUCCGUUCUACUUUUCAAGGCGUUUACUUUUAUCUAUUUGUUGUUGAAAUAAUUAUAACAAUCAUUAUUUUCCAAAAAUUUCUAGAGUCAUUACGACAUUGAACUGACGUACCAAAGAAGAGAAAGAAACUGAAGAAAGAACGCUCCCUUGUGAGUUCUCUGGGCAUCGGUUUGCCAACUCUGGCGAAUCAUUUCGCUAUCAAAAUCGAUGGUCAUUAUCGUUAUCGAAGACAACGUCGCGACGACUUGAAGUUGGUAGACUAAAGAUCAUCGGACGAUCGUAGUGGCGAGGUGGAAGAGGACGCCGCGAAGAGAGCUCUCCUUCUCCUCGAGUGCUCACUUACCCUACCACUUCCUCCUACUCCUCCUCGUCCUCCUCCUUCUCCUCCUCUUCCUCCUCUUUCUCCUCGUCCUGCUGCACCACCACCAUUGCGCUUACAGUCGUUCGGUCGCCGGCGAGCAAUACGGUUUACGGCCGCGUUUACGACAGCGUCCACGAAACAGCUGGUACCACUGGUAGCUGGUUGCAUCCGGUGGUUGCAGAUCACUUCGACAACUUCCUCGGAAAGACCGAUUCCAUCUGCUCCAGCUCGCGAGAAAGUCGAGACAGUAGAGACACGUGGACUACGACAGUGUUAGACUCGCCCUCGCUAUAUAUCAAAAUUUCGUGGAACGUAUUCGCGUAAGUGAGAGUGAUAUAUCCGCGCUUCUUUCGGGGUUUUGGCCUUUCAGAGACACGACGUAGCUCGUGAGUCGAUUAUCGAGGAUUCGGGUUCGAUAUAUCGCGUCUCGCGCGAGUGCUGAAGAGAAUAGCACGAAUAGCGUUGAAGAGAGUCAGAAAUAAAUCCGGUUCCAUCCGGUGGAAGGAGCCAGAAUCCGUUAAUUUAAAUAUCGAACAGUCAAGAUUUUUACAGGCUAAAGUUCCAAAAUGUUGGGACCUACGUUCUAAAAACUUGAAAAUUAUAAUCUGUGUUAUAAUUUAAAUACUCAAGAAUCUUGACACUUUGAAGAGCAAGAGAUUCGUUGCAACUUGAAAACUCGAGAAAAAUGUUCUACAGAAUCGGAAUUGGGUGCAUCGUGACCUAAGACUCUGAAGAAUCAGGCUUACUACAUCUCACAGAUCUAGAGAGCCGAUACUCUUUCUAUAUUCAAUACGGAAUAUAUUACAGCUUGAAGGUUCGAGUCAUCAGUCAUCUAUUAGUUUCUAAGGAAGUUAGAAGCGAUAGAGAGUCACAAGUCGUAUGGCCAGGACAUCGACGCAUCUGCGUGGAUACCCGUGCAAGGAACGUCAAGCCGCGACGAUGCCUCGCGUCGUCCAGGAUGCGUUUGUGCACCACACGAGCCUCUAUCAGUGAACGACCUCUUCCGGAUCAAUCGCACGUUCGACCGAGCGCGUUAUAAGCCGUUCGAGGAAUUUCCGGAGCGACCAGCGUAACCUCUUUGAUCCUGGAAGACUCAACCGACUUGGUCUUCGAGGGGCUAACCUGGCAGAGAUCUCUUCGUCUCUUCUAUUCCCAGAGGUAGUCUGUGGAAUUCGAGAAUGCGGUGGCGAAUGGGGCGGAGUCGAAGGCGUUGCGUUUGAUGAGGAUACCCAGUUCAGACCGACAUCGGCAUCGUCCAGCGGACUCGAACGAAUUAAAAUCAACUAGAGCGGAUACCGGCGACAACGAGUACAACGAGCGCCGCCAUAUCAUUUCCAUGGACUUAACGGAGGCUUUCGCGCCAGGAGGUGGCGGCGAGGAUCUGCCGAAGACAGACUUCUUCGACUUUGUGGUGUCGCCGCCGCCGCAUUGCGCCUCGGCCGACGGCGUCGUCUCCGAUGAGGAGAGUUUCCUGCAUCGCGGUGCCAGUGGUUGUCGCGCUAUGGGCGGCUAUCUUCAGACCCACGACGACCACGAAGGUUCACACGGCAGUUCACCUUUCAUCAAGGAGACUAACAACAAUACGCUAACGGCACUACCCCCCGUAUCGACCAUCACCGGCUCAUUGAGUCAUCACCAUCAGCAUCAUCACGUGCAUCACCAGGUGCGUUCGCAACACGGAAAUGUUCAGACUGGCGAGACCACUGCCAUGGAUCAAUCCGAGUGCGAUUAUUGGGGCCAGGAAGAUGAGAGCAAGGAACAGACAUGCAACAUUCUACUGGAGGACCUCAAUAAAUAUUGUUGGUCCUCAAACGCACAUACUAACGACGGCGUCAUUCAUCCGGCGGCCGGUGGUCACGCCAACGAUCAUCAUCAGGCCGUUGGUACGGGCCGUCCUGGUGGUUGUACCGCCAAUGAUCGACAAAACACGGACGGUGCCAUCUACACUUUGACGGUGCUAAACAACGAAGCGAACUCGAUGGACGCGUUGGACUGCUGCAAGAGUCCGGCACCUGCGUCCGGUGAUUCCUGGUCGCUACGGCCUAACCUCGACCUAGACGCCAUUUUAAGCAUGGAACCGUCCUCCGGCGAGCAAGAUCACGAACAAGCCAGCGGCGAGGUGCCUAGGAGUGUCAACGAAAGGUUUCAUGGAUCGGAUGGCCGUGGUUUUACCGUGCCCCCAUCACAAUACGCUACGGACGACAGUGGAUUCGUCGAGAGCAAAGAGUUGUGCGUGCGAGCGUCCUCGGCUAACUGUUCCGGCGACAACAAUAACGACUGGAAGCUAUCGGAUCAGAAUUUACAAGAAGUCGCUGCUGCUGCUGCGGCUGCUGUUGCCGUUGGUGCCGGGGAUUCCGCAGAGAGUCUCUUGAGAAGCGCUCUUCAGGGCAAGCUGUAUACCGGACCGGCUCAAUCGGUUUCUUCAUCCUCGCCGUCCUCGCAGGCGUCUACGAUUUCAAUGCCAGUUUCAGGAACCGCGGGACUAAUGGUGGCCGAUCAGCAACAACAGCAGCAGCAACAACAGCAGCAGCAACAAGAGGACUCCAUGCAGACGUGUACCGACGAGGAUCUGCUGCUCUCGCAGCUGGACCAGACAACCUAUCGACCGGGAGAUUACGAAAAGCUUAAAAGCAUCGCGAAUGAAGUGGUGGAAUCGUACUGCAGCCUCGAGCCGGUUUGUAACGUGUCGGGGACUACUACAGUGAUGUAUACAUUAGAUCCGGCAAGUGGGAGUCUGGGUACGAUCACGUUACCGGCCGACCUGGGCCAAGUGAGCACUGUGACAGUAGUUACGGCUGCUCAGCAGGACGUCCUGCAACAGCAAUCCGCUCAACGAACCGACGUGGAUCAGCAACAACAGCAGCAACAAUCGGGUCAACUACAAUUAACUUCCGGACGGGUAGGAGUCACCUCCAAGCCAGCGAAGAAGUACGUCAGACGCGCCAAUCGUAAUAGCAACAAUGCCAACGGCGCCAGCAACGGUAGUGCCGGUACGGAGGCCAGCAACGCGAGUCAGCAACAAACUGGCGGCUCCGCCGGUUUACCCAGUAACGUUCAGCGCAAGGAACGCUCCCUGCAUUACUGCAGUAUCUGCAGCAAGGGCUUCAAGGACAAGUACAGCGUGAACGUGCACAUCCGAACGCACACAGGCGAGAAGCCGUUCGCUUGCUCGCUCUGCGGCAAGAGCUUCCGUCAGAAGGCCCAUCUGGCUAAACACUAUCAGACCCACGUCACCCAGAAGCCCGCGAGCAUCCAGCAGGCCGCUUCCGGAAGCGGCGGAAACAACGGAAACACCAGUCCAACGGCGGAGACUAACACGACUUCCGCGUCCCCCGCCAUCGCCAGCAGGACCCAGGUCGCUGUAGAUCCGACAGGAACUGCUUGCAGUCCCCCCAGUUAGUUCGCAGAAUACGGACGCGGCACGAUGCCAGACGCGGACAUACGUCGUCCACGUUUUUUUAUUUUUUCGAAAAAGAUGGCGGCUGAAGCUGGUCUCCGCUUUUUUUUAUUCUCCACUUUUUUAAAUGCAUGAUUUUCUUUCCAUGAUGGAAACGCCGAGCCGAGCUUGCGACGAGAAAGAGCGAAUCAUGACGAACGCAUUAGAUAGGCGUGUACAGGAUGAUCAGAAUUGAACUCACACGGUCUUGAAAAGCAAAUUUUUUUGACUAACUGCUUGACUUGAUAAAGUUUAAAGUAGAUAUAAUUGGAGCUACUUAAGCAAAUUGAAUUGAAUUUAAUUAUUGGUAAUCUAAUUAAACUUAAUUAUUGAAGUAAGUUAUUUAAGUUUAAUUAUUUCAAACCAAUUUUUCUCGAGUUUUUCAAGUUGAUUUAAUUAAUAUUCAUUUGAUUACUUAAAUUAGCUUAAUUGGUUCCCAAGUCAGAUUGAAUUUUUUUUACGUUGCAAAAAAUGUUUCUUGCAAUUUAUACAAAAAUAUUCCGUGACAUCCUGUAUGCAAACGAGAAGCCUAUUGAGUUUUGCAUGGCAAAACUACGCGACCGAAAGGGUGUUAAUUAAAAGGUUAAUUAAGUACUUCGAACUUUGCGAGAUUAUCUAUCCUAACGGUGACAAUUCCGUCGCCGGAUUUUUGUAUUAAAUAUUAAUUAAUUAUGGACGAUCAAGAGGAGCCAAUCAGUCCCCUUGUACUAACAUGACACUCGUAAAAUUGUUCCUACGAUCAUUCAAUUACCGUAAUGACAAAAACAACGACAACGGCGACGACGACGAUAAGGACGGAACGACGAAUGUUUAUAGGCUAAUUGACGAUUUAUUAUAUUUAAUAGCCACGAGAUAUUAACGUUGAAGAUGUUUUAUAAAAUAAAUUUUUUAUAUAUGUAUAAUUAUGUACACGAUGUUGCAAAAUUACCGAGUCCUCUUAAUUAAAGCUUCUUCGACAAUGGAAGAAGAAUUUUUCUUUAAUGAAAAUGUCAUGGAAAGAUUAUUAUUUAGCCUGAAAAUAUUUCAUAUUACAUGCUUUUAUAGUUUAUCUACAAAUUAAGACUUUAUGAAACAAAGCUGACUUGAAAUUGACUGAGAUUCGAAAACUAUUGUAUGCAAGAUGCUUCGAUAUUUUAUUUUCGUUAGAGAAAGUUCAAUUCCAAAUCUGCCGAAGGUUUAGCGGAAAGGACUGGUAGGAUCUGGUAGUUUUGAAACGCUCCAUGUACACAGAGAGUAGAUUAGACAGUAACUUAGAGCGAUAAGUGCAGAGUAUCGAGAGGAAGACCCUUUAAUAAGUAAUUAGUAGCAUGAGCUGUGAUUUAGGUACAUACUCAACGAGCGGUUUAGAGCGAAGCAAACGUAACGAGAUGCGUAAGUGCUGUUCUCUCAUUGGUACUCCUUUUUUUUUAACUCUGUCUUCUCUCGCGCGAAAACGCAAUUGAAAAAGGAACCAACCGCGAUACCGAUUUAUUUUCGAUCAUUUUAAACGUUCUAUCGAGUGCUAUAAUGCCGCAGAAUCGACGGCCGUAAGAAUCGCGUUUGCUUUCCGUCCUUUCUUGUAUAUUUUAUUCGCAAAAUAAAAUCCUCUACGAAAAUAUUUUUAUUAAAAAUAUUAAUAUUAUUAUAAUAAUGUUACGCGUGUGAUAAUGUAUAUAUGACUAUAUAUACACUAUUUUAUUAAUAUUAUAUGAAUUCUUGUUGAGAUAGUUGCCAAUAAGUCUGAAUUUUAACACAAUAAUUCAUCGUUUUAAUGAAUAAGUUCUUUUUAGACAAUACACUAAAUUCCAUAUUUUUAUUUCUUUAAUUGAGAUUAUGAAAACAGAAAAAUAUAUAUAAU